UUCCCAUACGCCUCUUCUGCAAAAUGUCUGCGCCCUUCAGAAAAACUAUCGUUGUUGUUUUCAUUUCAUAUUGAAGUAUUUAUGCAUUUUAAAGUAUAUAUUGGCGGAUCAGGUUAAUAAAAAUGGACGACCAAUUCGAACCAUAUAAUACGGAUGAGUCUACCUACAAGCCAUAUGGAGGUGGAAAUUACGGGGAAGAAGCUUAUGGAGAUGGUGCUUAUGGAGACACCAGUAACUUUGGCGAUGAUCCCUAUGAUUCACACAGCGCCUACGAUAACGGCGAUCAAGUACAGGACAAAGCACUCUAUGGAUUUGAAGAUGAACCGGAAGAGGAAGGGCCAUAUGAGUCUGAAGUUGAGAAAGAUGAUGAGACUAUUCGUAGCGAAUGUCUGUCUGUCUUCGCAGCGACUGAUUAUAUAAUGGAACCAGGGGUGUUUGAAAAUCUCCGUCGGUAUUUCCAAGCAGGAGGUACACCAGAGCAGGUGGUUUUGCUGCUGUCGGAGCACUACACAGCCGUGGCUCAGACAGUGAACCUCUUCGCCGAGUGGCUCAUCACAACAGGUGUGAACCCAACCGAGGUGCAGCAGAUGGUGGAAGACCACCUUAAGAGUCUGAUCAUCAAACAUUUUGACCCCAAAAAAGCUGACAAGAUUUUCAGCGAUGAGGGAGGGACUCCCUCUUGGUUGGAAGGCAUGAUCCAGCACAGAACAUGGCGUCAGCUUUUCUACAAGCUUGCUGGCGAGCACCCUGACUGCCUUAUGUUGAAUUUUACAAUUAAGCUUAUUACUGAUUUGGGCUAUCAGGGGGAAAUUGGGAACGUGUCGACAGCCUGUCAUCAGAUCGAGGUGUUUUCCAAGGUUCUGCAGACGUCGAUUGGGAAACUCCUUGAAGGCGGUGAAGAAGCUCUUCAUAUACAUCUCCCUGAAUUUGGUAAAAUGGUUUGUCACGGUGAGCAUACUUACCUGUACGCACAAGCAAUGAUGCAUCUACUGUCGUCUGAAAGUGGAGGGUCGGUUAUAAGGAGGGUUUGUCAAGAGGUACAGAAAAGUGCCAUGAAAAGUCGGGGUGAUGGAGUAGUUCAAAUUGGGGUUGCUUUAAGUGGUGCAGCCAAGUAUCCAAGAGCGUGCCAAGCACUGGCAUCCAUGUUGGCAAGAAAUGCCCUCAACCCAGCAGAUGUGACUGUGCUGUAUGAGAUGUACAAUAAAGAAGAUCCCCCACCAGUCGACCUGCUUCGAAUGCCCCAACUACUGGAGUUAUUCAUGCAUACAUUGUUUCGACCAAAGGCUAACAUUAACGCAGACCACCGACCCAAGUACAUCUACUUACUUGCCCAUUCAGCUUGUGUCCAUGAGACAUGGAAAAAGGGUAAACGUAUUAAUAUCAGUAAAGAUGAGUUGAAGCAGACAUCACAAGCUAUAGAUAAGAUCCACAUGAUAUGCAGCAGUGAUAAGCCAGCCUCAGAACUUAUUGCAGAUCUCACCACCAUCUACCAGUGCAUUAGGUACCCUGUGGUUUCCAUGGGCAUCUUAUACUGGGUGGACAAGACCAUCUCAGAACCCAGCUACUUUGAACGCAUGACCGAUCACACCCCACUGCAUCUAAUCCUUUUGGAUGAAAUUAUUAAUAUGCACAACCUCAUUCACGACAUUGCAUUGAAGCUGCUAAUACGGCUUCUAGAGGACCACUACCCUCAACUUGAUGUUCUUGUGCAGGUACUAUUUUAAUCUAUAAUUGAUUCUUUCAAUUA